CAACGCCAUCUGUAGUUACAUUAUCAGACACCAUAUAACAUUGAAAACAAGGGGCGCAACGAAAUAGAAGCCAUAGAAGUCGCGUAGCUUAGAAAGGGCUAGAAGAUGUAGGCUUACUGACAAGGACGGCUAAGUGACCACUACAGCCACUACGGCCACUACAGCCUUACGGCUUACUGACGUCGGAGGAUUAGACACCUAACUAGCAUGCAAGAAACAAGAAAUUCUUAGAGUUGGAGAUGUGUUUUUAGUGGCUCUUAGGAAAAUAAUCUUCAUGGUCACUUCAUGAUGAUUUUAUUAUCUCAGAAUCUACAGGGUCAAAUGGUAGGAUGAUAGAAAUAAUUUAGAAGGAAGCAGUUGUGUCCUAAUUGGGGUACCAUUUGUCUAGAAUUGCUGUGCAAAAUUACAAGAAACCUCUGUCCGGAUAGAAGCCGGCAUAAUUCAGGCGGUACAGCGACUAGGCUAUUUUUCGGACGACCAGGGUUUGAUCUCCGUCUUGGGUCUGAUGAAUGUACUCCACAAUUAUUCUCAUGUACAUUGCUGGAAAUUAUUCACUGGGCGACUUAAAAGGAAGACUAUUAGGUAUUCUACUUUUAUCAUAACAAAGAAUGAAUUACAUAUAUUUCAAUCUUCUAUCAAUAAAAUUCAGAGUUAGCAGGAGUUACAAAUAGGAGCAGAAGAUGCCAGCAGUGGCAGAAUAGCUUAUGGUGUCACAACCAUAAGACCUGACCAUUAGACAACUGGAAACCUGUGCAUGACAUAGGCAGAUGAGUCCUUCUUCAUGGUUUUCCCUACAUCUGGAAGAGUUAUGUCUGGAGAAUAACCAAGGAAGCCCACAAUCUGGAAUGCCUGGUUGCAGCAGUGAAAUAUGGAAAAUCUGAAGGGAAGAGACCACUUCAGGACAGUGAGAAAUGGCUAAGAUUGAUGGAACUGGCUUGGGCUACUCUUACCACUUUCCUUCUGGCGGAUGGAGUCUGAAAAUUCGCAACACUCUCUCUCAGUUCAGUGACCUGUUCAGUGAAUUUAACCGUUAUAUUGCACCAGCAUACCAUCAUGAUAGAUGUGAGAGGUCUGUACAAAUGCGCCUCUAUUCUAUGCACAAAAGGGAGUUUGUCAUGGUGUUCUUGGCUUUCUUUGCUUGCUUUGGACUUGGCGUAUUCAUUGGGUUAGCAGGUCCGCCAAUCACAAGCACAUCAGAACAGAAAGCAUCUGUCCUCAUAUCGAAACAGAAUGGAAGUGACUUAGCCAAUGGCCCAUUCAUAAUGAUGACACCCACAGUGUCAACAUACAGCCAGCAGCUUUGGGUAAUUGCCAAAGUCACAACUGAUAACAAAGAUGAUGAAAGCUUUGAUAAAACAUUCCAUGUGAGUGUGGCCAUUGAUGGCAUAACAGCAGACCACAAACCAGUAACAAUUCUGCACAGUGACAGAGCACAUAACAGGACCCGUCACCUUAUAUGUGAGCGUCAGUCUUGUGAAGAAUUUAUGGUCCUCCACCUUGGGUUUCUUGACUACACGCACUACAUGUUGACAGUGCGUUUCCAUGGACUUGAAAGCUUCCAUCAGCGCUAUAAUAUCAUAGAAGUUACAUUCUUUUUUAAAAGUUAUAAUCCUGCAUUCACCCAAGUUGAAAUUUGGUUUCGGUUCAUCUUUCUCCUUGGCACAUUUGCUGUAACGUGUUGGUUUGCACAUUCAUUGCGCAAAUUUGUGAUGUAUGAUUGGUCCAUUGAACAACAGUGGAUGUCUGUUCUUCUGCCUUUACUCUUACUGUACAAUGAUCCAAUCUUUCCAAUGAUGUUCCUUAUAAACUCAUGGCUGCCAGGAAUGCUAGAUGCAUUAUUUCAAGCUUCAUUUUUAUGUGCUCUUCUGCUGUUUUGGUUAUGUGUAUACCAUGGUCUGCGUCAGAAUGAACGCCACAUACUGACUUUCUAUCUGCCAAAACUCCUUAUUGUUGGGAUGCUGUGGAUAUCUGCUAUUACAAUGGCAACAUGGCAGAAGUUCAAUGAACUUCAAGAUCCAACAUACAGUUACAAACUUGAUACAAGAAACUAUGAUAGUUUCAAGAUAUUCUUCUUCGUGGCAUGUGGUAUAUACUUGGCCUAUUUGCUACUGCUGAUUCUGCGUGCCUAUAGUGAGCUGCGAGCUAUGCCAUAUUUUGACAUGAGGCUGAAGUUCCUGACACUCCUGAUGCUCAUUGUGUUGGGUAUUAGUCUGUCCAUUACUGUUCUAAGAUUUGGAGUGGGGAUCCUAGAGGACAACUUUGUAGCAGAGUUGUCAACCAACUACAAGAGUUCUGCACAGUUCAUGUCAUUUUACAGCCUUCUUAACUUCUCCUUGUACACUAUGGCCUAUGUUUAUUCACCAGCAAAGGGUACUGUCUUUGAAUCACCCAUUACAAAAGACAACCCUGCUUUCUCCAUGAUAAAUGAUUCUGAUGAGGAUGUUAUUUAUGGAUCAGAUGAGGAAAGUCGUCGACCUCUGAAUCGAUGCCAGAAUGAUGAUGACAGCGAUUAAAACUCUUAUUACAGAAGGCAGACUAGCACUAAAGUGCCAUAUUGCAAAAUGAGUAGGUAGUGGUGAGGUUACCAUUUACUCAGAUAUAAUUUUAAAACAUAAGUGUUAAAACCUACAAGUGUUCUAAAAUAUAUCAGUAUAUAAACAUUCAAGAAUAUAAAUGACUAAGCUAUAAUACUGAUGAUAAUAUAAUGAGUGGUGAACAUAAUGAAAGAUUGUGCUAAGCAAUUUUGAUUAAUGACUAAACCAGUGAUCAUAUUAUUUCUUCUACCAGAUACCCAUCUGUUGAACUUGUUGAUCUGAUCAGUAACAUUUACAAUUCCCAGUGGAAUAAAGAUUUCUGAUAGUUCAGAUA